CUGUGGACUAUACCGACCAUGGCUUCCGUCUACAAAUCAAUCUCCAAGAAGGAGAAGAAGAAGAAGGAGCGCCCCGUGGCGGCGGAGGACGGGGAUGUGACCAUGGACGAUGUGAUGGAGAACGGCAUUGACGACACUAGCGACAGCGAGGAAGAAGAGGAGCAGGAGGAACAGGAGGAAACUCAGGAGCAGUCCGGGUCAGGAUCGGGCCAGCAGCAGCAGCAGACGCAGACGCAAAACAAAUCCGGGUUGAUGCCCAAGACUCGCGUUCUCAUGCUUACCUCUAGAGGGGUUACGUAUCGGUAA